AUGGCUCUCGCAAAGAAGGGAAGCAAGAAGAAGAAGGGCUGGUCCGCCAUCAAUGAGGUGGUGACCAGAGAAAACACUGUCAACAUUCACAAGUGCAUCCAUGCAGUGGGUUUCAAGCGCGCCCCUAGGGCACUCAAAGAAAUCCGGAUAUUUGCCAUGAAGGAGAUGAGAAUUCCAGAUGUAUGCAUUGGCACCAGGCUCAACAAAUCUGUCUGGGCCAACGGAAUAAGGAAUGUCCCAUACCAUAUCCACGUGCGGUUGCCCAGAAAACAUAAUGAAGAUGAAGAUUCACCAAACAAGCUCUAUACGCUGGUUACCUACCUACCUCUCGCCACUUUCAAAAAUCUGCAGACAGUUAAUGUGGAUGAGAACCAACUGCUGAUUGUCCAAUAA